AUGCGUGAUUAUAGUGAACAAGAAAAAGUAACUGUGUACAUAAUUGUUGAACAAGAAACGCCUACUAGUCCAGAAGAUAAUAUAAUAAUUGAUACUAAUUUAGAGCGCGUAUCCGAGGAAAUAAUAGAGAAAGAAAAAAAUACCACGGAGCAACUGUACACUAAAUCCGGAAAAUUACGUAAAAGAAAAACGUUUCAAAAAAGUUUAAAGGAGAGACAACUCGCUAAAAAAACAAAAUACAUAGAAAAACAUGCUGUGAAAGAAGGGUGCAAAAACAGUUGCUUGAAAAAAUGUAACAUAAUGUUUAGUGAAGAAGACAGGAAAUAUAUAAACAAAUAUUACUGGGGUUUGAAGUGGAGAGAACUGUCUUGCUACACCUAA